AAUGUCAGAAUGUAAAAAAGAGUAAAAACUAGUCAACCGGGAAAGCAGCAAGGACAUAUUUAUUACAUUUUAUAUUUUUCUAACCUUAAGCAAUGGAAACUGACUACAAACUAUCGCAUAAAACCAAAAAGCGAAUUAAAGAAGUUAAAAGAAAGGCCAGACCUGAACUAGCUGAUAAACACCAAUGGACAGCCUUAAAAUAUUCUAAUAAUUUUGAGGAGUUUUUAAAAUGUAAAGAUAACGUGGAUAGAAUCAACGCGAACGAAUUCAGUGAGGAGGAUUUUAUAGACAAGUAUGAAAAGAUUUACAAGCCCGUUGUUAUCACGCACACUCAAACAAAUUGGAAAGCCAAUAAUAAAUGGACUCAGGAUAGACUGGCCAAAAAGUAUCGGAAUCAAAAGUUCAAAUGCGGAGAGGACAAUGAAGGUUAUAGUGUUAAGAUGAAAAUGAAGUAUUACAUAGAGUAUAUGAGGACGACCACUGAUGAUAGUCCACUUUAUAUUUUUGAUAGUAGUUUCGGAGAGCAUCCAAGAAGGAAGAAACUUCUGGAAGACUAUGAAGUACCUAAAUACUUUAAAGAUGAUUUGUUUAAGUACUGCGGCGAAGAAAGGAGACCGCCUUAUAGAUGGUUUGUUAUGGGUCCCCAAAGAUCGGGAACCGGCAUUCAUAUUGACCCACUCGGAACUAGUGCAUGGAAUGCUCUCGUCUUUGGACAUAAGAGAUGGUGUCUGUUCCCAACUCACACUCCGAGAGAAAUGAUCAAAGUAACUGGUGCUAUGGGAGGAAAACAGAGAGAUGAAGCAAUUACUUGGUUUAAGCUCAUUUACCCUAAAACACAGCAAGACUCCUGGCCGAAGGAGUAUCAGCCAGUUGAGAUACUUCAGAAGCCAGGUGAGACUGUAUUUGUUCCUGGAGGUUGGUGGCACGUCGUUCUUAACCUGGAUGACACAGUGGCUGUGACUCAGAACUUCUGUAGCCGUACCAACUUCCCUGUUGUGUGGCACAAGACUGUUAGAGGACGUCCCAAAUUAUCUAAGAAGUGGAUCAAAGUGCUCGAGGCCAAAGAACCAGAGCUGUACAAAGUCGCAAGUGGAAUGGAUCUGAGUCAGAGUACUGGGGUGGCCUCCGACAGCUCGUCCAACAGCAGUUCUUCCAGUAGCGACAGCGACAGUAGUUCAUCGGAGAGCUCCAGUGAAGAAGACAGUGGCCAGGAGAGCAUCACCGCCCACAAGAAGAAGAGAAAAAGGAAACUUUAAACACAAAAACAUCUCAACUAUGUAUUAAUUCAAAGCACCAAGAGAUAGGGUAUUUCUAUUUGUAAGCCAAAUUUAAUUUCUGUAUUAUUAGAUAUAAUGAAUUUAUUUAACAUAUUCUGUUUAUUGUCAAAUGAAUGAAAUAUCUUUUGUUGUAGGACCAAACUAAAUAUCAAUAUUAUUAGUUCUAGUUUUAUUGUAUUUCUACCAGGAAGUUUUUAGAUGAGUUUAGAAGGAUUCAAUUAAAGAGGACUUGUAUUAUCGUUUA